CCUAAUAAUUCUCUGAGAUUCUCAAUUCAAUUCUCUGAGAUUUGCCCUUUUCAUAACAAUGGAGUCUACGCCUCCUUAUCACCGAUCCAACACUAAAUCAGCUUCGCGUCUCAACAAUUCUCUCCAAGAUUCGAAUCCUCCAAAUCUCUCUCUUGAUUUGGUUCUAUCUUCUCCCAAGAGCAACGACACUCCAAACCCAUCUUCUCCUGUUCCUCUUCGCGAUAUCCUCCUCUUAUCUCCUUCUCCGCUUCGAAAAUCGAGGACCCGUUUAUCCGAUCGACUCGAAAUGGUCUCUGAAGAUGCGGCAGUGGUUCGUAAACGGGGUAAAGGGAAAGGAGGGCAAAAGGGUCUUUUAGCUUCUCCGAGGAAUCCCCGGAGAUCGAGGCGAAGAUCUGAAGAGAAAGAAGCGAAUUUGGUGAUCGAAGAAAUCGUAAAGCCUCCUAGAAAACGGAAGACGACGAAUGGUCGACCUAAGAAGGAUAAGCAAAGUUCAGCUCCUCCUUGUUCUUCUUCAGAUCUUCCAAAUACAUGUCAAACCGAUUUGAAUCGGAUUGGAGAAAUUAUCAGUGAUUUGGUAAUGUGGAGAGAUGUUGCCAAAUCCACCCUCUGGUUUGGUUUUGGAUGUUUGUCUUUCCUAUCUUCUUGCUUUGCUAAAGGAGUCAACUUUAGCUUUUUCUCGGCGGUUUCCAAUCUCGGACUUGUGUUACUUUGCGGGUCGUUCUUGUCAAAUACUCUUUGUCAAAGUAAAAAUGAAGACGCAAAAAGAGCGUUCCAUGUGAGUGAAGAUGAUGUCUUGCGCUUAGCUAGACGAGUGCUUCCCGCGACCAACUUUUUGAUCUCGAAGACUAGUGAGCUUUUUUCAGGAGAACCAUCAAUGACACUCAAAGUGACACCAUUUCUGCUACUUGGAGCUGAGUUUGGUCAUCUCAUAACACUGUGGAGGCUAUCUGCAUUUGGUUUCUUCCUCAGCUUCACCAUCCCAAAGCUGUAUUCAUGUUACACGCAUCAAAUUAGCCAAAGAGUUGAAAGAGUGAAAACGAGAAUAGGUGAAGCAUGGGGAGUCUGCUCACACAAGAAGAUCUUGGCAGGCUCUGCGGUGACAGCGUUUUGGAACUUGACUAGCAUAAGAACCCGAAUAUUUGCAGUUUUUAUCAUCCUGGUGAUAGUUCGGUAUAGGAGACAGAAUCUACAGCUAAAUCCCGAGGAAGUCGAGCCUCUUGAGAAUGAGAAGCAAGAAGAAGAAACACUUCCACAGGAAGAAGAGACAGUUCCAGCGGAAGAAGAACAGACACAUUCAUCAGAAGAGCGAGCUUUAGUGGUGGUAGUUGCAGAAACUGAAGGAUCAAAAAAACUCUAGUGUCUGUACUGUGUCUAACCACAUUGAAUAGAGAUGCAAUUUAAAA